AUGGAGCAGAGAGAGAAAAGGAAACAUCUGGAGCGUGAGUACACUCCUCCAGCUGUAAAGAAAUCAAGAGAUUUACAGAAGAGGGAGUCACCACCUGGGAGCGUUUUGGAUGACAAGAUCCUGGUCCAAGAGGAAGAAGAUCCAUCUGGCAAGUUGCAGUGCUACACCCAUGACUCCAGUGUGUGCACGCCUUAUGAUGUUGACUUCCAGCUGCUUCCACAAGAUGUGCCUGAGCCAUGUGAGGUCGUGGAGAUUGAAACCCGCAGCCAGGCACCAGGAGACAGUGAUUCCAGCUCCAAAUCAGUCUCCUCUUCAAGCACAUCCAGAAAUUCUGAUGAAGAAGCCAAUGAGCCCUGCUCAGAUGCAUUACAUAUGAGAAAGGAGCGGGCCAUGAAAAUCUAUUACAUGUAUGUCAAAAGGCAGAGAGAGGCCAACACUGUAUAUAACACACAGGAAGGCUUGUUGCCUCCCAAGAAGAGGGCAAGAGUGCAAGAACUGAGCUGCAUUGGCAAAGUCCCUUCGGAGGCCAGCUCUUCUUCUGUGCUUACAGAAGAUAUGAUCAUCGACAAUGAGGCCAGCUGUGACACCACAGAUGAAGAUGAUUUCAAGGCUGAGGGCCCAGCAGAGCCUCUAGCCCUGGAGGAGAAGCCCAAAAUAAAGACACCUGAGUGGCUCUUGUGGCCAGAGCAUGGCUUUCAAUGCAUGGCCUGCUGCCGAGUGUUCCCCAGCCUGGACAUCCUGGAGGAACAUGUAAAGAAUGGAAUCAAGGAGGGCUUCAGUUGCCGCAUUUUUCAUCUGGCCUUUGCCUGGAUGAAAUCAAAAAAAGAAUAA